AUGUCUCCCGCUCCUCUUGAAGCGUUUUUUAUCGCCCUUCAAGUUGAGAUACUUCUCUAUGGAAUGUAUACAUGUUUAUUUGUGAGCUCUCUCUAUAUCUUAGUAUGCAAAAGGAAGAAGACAAGGGUGGUGAAUAUCAUGAUAGCCUUGAACAUUAUCAUGUGGAGCUUGGCAACAUCGCACCUGGCGGUUAGCUUCAAUCAAAACUACCAGGCGAUCUUCCGGGACCAUGGUAUAGAAGAUCCAACCAAGUUCGAGAAUGAUUCCUCUCCUUGGAUCUGCACGGAGCUGUCUCUAGAAAACAUGAAUUUUGUUCUCGGAGACAGUGUUGUGAUUUGGAGGGCAUGGGUCCUGUGGAAUCGUAAACGGUGGAUUCUCUUCGUGUCUGCAGUAUUCCUUUUAGUAACACUGGGAGCUGGUAUCGGAGUAACCUUCGCCUUUGCAACUGCUCCAAAGACAGUCAGCGUCUUCGAGAACCCCAGUUUACAUAUCUGGGAGCUCUUUUUCAUCCUUUCGACCAUGGCGACGAAUAUUUGGGCAACGUCCCUUAUUGCUUAUCGCGCAUGGUCUCACAAUAGAACAAUCCGCGCCAUAACUGGCGAGGCUAUUAUGGCUCGGUUUCGUCGGCAGCAUGGUAUUCUUGCGCUUUUGAUCGAAUCAGGCAUCUUUUACUCCUGCACCUGGUUGAUAGCAAUCAUCGUUACACUUUGUGGCAACAAGGGUGCAUAUGUCGUGAUAUAUAUGCUCUCCCAGCUAACGGCCAUCUAUCCUACGCUCAUUAUAACCCUUGUUGGUUUGAGAUCGACACUUGAUGUAGCCAUCGAGACUUUUCAUGACACGCAGUUUGGGCAGAGAGGUACAGGAGAUUUUCUUCCAGGCACUAUGCCCAUGAAGACUGAAGUCCAAUCCGAGAUGACGUUCGCUUCGCAUCACGAAGAUCUUGAAACAGGCGUUCUGGUGAUUGAUGCGAAGUCUAAUGACCUUAUAAAUGAUAGACCUUGA